UUAUAACUAAUUUAUUUUAUUUUCAGUUGCUAGUUCGUUCUACUACAUUUUAUGGUUGACAUGUCAUUGAUGAGGUGGUUGUAGGCGGCGUACCGUGUGUGCGUGUGUGUUGUUACAUUAGGAAAUAAAAGAUAGGCUGAUAAGCUAGUCAGCUAAUAAAUAACACCAAUGUAGUAGUAACAGCAGAAGGGAUAUGAUCCAUAUCACAUAGUGCUGCUUAGGACAUAUACAGUAUUUAUGAUUUCAGAGGUUUGUGUAAUUUAAUUUUGGGGUUUAUGAAUUAAUAGGAGUCAGGUAUUAUUUUAGAUCAGGCACUUGGUUUGACACCGAAGCAUAAGUUUUGAAGCUCCUGCAGUGCUAUUGUGCGAAUAACAAUCACCACUGCAUAACAAACACUAUAUAAUCGGUAUUACAUACCGAUUAUAUAGAUCAUCUAUAUACUUCCUCCUGUAGACCUCAAAUCUAUCAAUAGAGCAGAUUGUAUGCAGUUGUAUUUCUGGGUCCAGUCUUAUAGAGUUCUCUGUGUGUCAUAGUGUACUACAAAUGUACAAAUACAUCUUAUAGGUGUUAUUGCUCAUUAUAACUUUUUGCUCUAUCUUAUAGGUGUUAUUGAUCAUUAUAACUCAUUAUGAUUUGUACUUAAAUAGAGAGCAGAGAGCAUAGAGCCAUUUGAGAUUUAACAGUCACUAGGCAUUGUUAUGAAGGAUGAUCUUUUCUAUAUAAUACUAUACAAAUCUCACUUCCCCAGCCUCACUUUAGAUAGAGACAUAUCACACUUGAUUAUUUUAUGCUGUCUUUUAUCUGAAAAAUCAAUUUCAGAGUCAGCUAUAUUUGUCAAGUAUGCCUGUGCAUUCAAGGAAUUUAUUUCUGAUAUAGAGUAAUCUAACAGGGCACAUAUAACAUACAGACUGAACAAGACUAAUACAAACAUGAUUACACAUAACACAUCUGAAACACAUCUAAAUGACGACGCACACAUUGGCCAAGGCAGAAAGUGAGAUUAUAGUGCAUUUAUUGUCCAGGUAGUUUACAAAAAUAUGCAAGUAGGAAAUAAUAGGAAAUAAAGUAGGAGAUGGAGGUAGUGUAGUAGUUAUUGCACACAGUAGGAGACUGAGGCAGUGUAGUAGUAAAAGGUCUAUUUAGAUUGGGGUAAUGGGAGGUGUUUAAAUUCUUUUUGGAUACUGAGGGGGAAAUAUAUUGGAGUCUGGCAGACCUUGUUUUGAUCUGUCUUUAUCACCUGCCAUUGGGACUGCGUAUGAACCGACUGUAUGCGGGGUGUAAGGGGCAAGUUGGUCCCCAUGAUACACAAAGUCAUCCUAAUUUAUUUCUGAAGUUGAAGAUUGUCCAGACAUUGAACCAGACAGUAAUUAAUGUACAUAGAAUGGAUUUAAGGGUGGCCCUAAAGAACUGGCACAACAGAUCCUUGGGAAGUAUUUCUUGUUGGAGAAAAGUACAUUUCAGUUUCACUGUGCACUAAGAACACUUCAUAUUGGUGAAGUGUAAUUACUGAUUUAAGCAAAAGAUAUUUGGACAUGUGUCUUCAUUUGUUACACUUGUUGGACUCAGCCACAGGUCUGUUGCUCCAAAAUGGCUCCUUCCUCCUCCACCUCCUCCUGCUGCUGCAGCUGUUGUUCUUCCAGUGCCUGGCUGUGCUCACGAUCCUCUGCCUACACUUUAGUUCUUGGCUUAGUAUUCAUCACACUGGGAACCAGUCGCAUUAUUUUGCUGAAGUUCUCUGAAAAUGAAGAAAACAAAUAUGACUUUCACCCUGCCUCUGUGAAUUUAAUGGCAGAGACCAUCAAACUGUUUUUUUGUUUAGUCAUGUCAGUGAGAGUCAUCAUUCGAGAAAAUCGUUCGUGUAGGGACUUGGGCUGCUCCUCUGGUUCCUCAUUUUCUGGCUGUUUGAAAUGGGCUGUCCCUGCAUUUCUCUAUUUUCUUGAUAACCUCAUUAUUUUUUAUGUGAUGACCUACCUCCAGCCUGCAAUGGCUGUAUUGUUCUCCAAUGUUGUCAUUCUUACAACAGCCAUUCUGUUCCGGUUUGUUCUGAAGAGACAUUUGUCCUGGGUGCAGUGGGCCUCCCUGAUCAUUCUCUUCUUCUCCAUCGUGGCCCUGACCAUGAACACAUGUCCAAACCAGCAUGCAGUCAGUGUUCAUGGCCUGCAUGGGGCGCAUGUCUCUGCUCCCUCCAGCAGCUGCUCAAACUCCACCUUGUUGGACAUAAAGAAGCACAACCAGAGUGAGACCAGCUGGGCAGAGGGACUGGUCCCGGAGCUCUGGAACAGCCAGCUUGUCCAGCGUUUACGUGGUUUCGGCCUGGGCUAUGUCUUGCUGCUUCUUCAGUGCUUUACCUCCGCAUUGGCCAACAUCUACAAUGAAAAGAUCCUAAAAGACGGAGAGCAGCUAGCUGAAAGUAUUUUUAUCCAGAACAGUCGACUGUAUGUGUUUGGUGUUGCCUUCAAUAGCCUGGCAUUGGUGUUGCGUUCCGACUCGCGCACGGUGAUGCUGCGCUACGGCCUGUUUCACGGACACAAUGCCUACUCGAUAGCACUGACCUUUAUCACAGCUGCCCUAGGUCUCUCUGUUGCCUUUAUCCUUAAGUUCCGUGACAACAUGUUCCAUGUGCUGACAGGCCAAAUCACUACUGUGUUUGUCACAGCCUUGUCAUUCUUCCUCUUUAAUUUUCGGCCAGAACUAGACUUCUUUCUACAGGCGCCAAUUGUAUUACUGGCCAUUUUUAUAUACCACAGCAGCAGUCUGAAGGACCCGGCGUAUUUACUGCAGCAAGAGAGGCUCAGGGUCAUCAACGGAGAGGUGUUUGAGCGUCAUCAAGGGGAUGGGGAAGAGUUGGAGAGACUUAAUAAGUCUGACACAGAUGAUGAUUCUGAAGAGGAGUCUUUCUGAGCCUACUUUCUCAUUCCAGCCUUUAUUUAUAAAGUGUAAAUGUAAUUAUCUUGCAAAUUAUUUGUCAAUGUGCCUGUAUUUAUAAUGCUCUAAUGACAAUAUGUAUUGACAUUUUCUUUGGGUGUGGGAGGGGGCAUUGAUUAUAAUAGUGCAAACGUUUGAUGCAGUUUGAUACUUGCAAACUCUCUAAAAUGCCAUUGUCAGGUUAGGGUUCCUGGUGUUCUGAGAAUGAGACAAACUCAGUUAUAUUGUGUUCAGUUGUGUCUUCAAUCUAUUGUUAGAUAUGAUAGCAUUGUCUGACAAAUUGUGUAUAGAAACUCAGUCUGCUGUAAGAAAUUAUAAAAAUACUUCUCCACACAGUGGUAUGAGCUCCUUAUAAAUGGGCUAAAGAAUAGAGAUAUAAUGAAAGUGGCCUAAAUAAUAUAUGUAUAUUAUGGUAUUUUAA